AUGGGAGAAAUCGCGGCCGAAGCCCCUUUGGGACUCAGAAAGCUCGCCCAGGAUCUACUCAAUGACGUGGAUACAUACGACCCGGCCAGCGACCUGAGUCCCAGGAAUGAGCGUGAUUUCAAGUCCGGCAUCAUCCAACGAGCGCAAGCCAUUAUCGACAGGCUCGAGGACACUCCACGGGAGAGGGCUAUGAAUGAUUGUAUCAAGGUCGGCGAAAUGACCGCAAAGCAGCUCUUCAAUGCCUGGGGAGUCUUCCAAAAGAUCCCAGUAGAUGGAUCCAUCUCGUACAAGGAAUUGGCUAGCAGUGUUGGAUGUGAGCUUCAGCUUCUGGUUCGCCUCGCGUGGAUGUUGAACUCUACGGGCAUCCUGAAGCAAGUCAGUGAGGAUGCUGUGGCUCAUACCGAGAAAUCCAAGAUGUUCAUCAAUGACAACCCAGAUGGAGAUCUCACCAGAAUCGUCUUCGUACAUGGCAUGGUGUCAUACGCACAGUUCGAGAAGUACUUUGAUGCCUACGGGCUCCAAGAACCACGAGGCCGAACCCAUGUUCCAUACACCUUUGCGUAUGGCCAGCCAGAGAAGAACGUUUGGGAGGUAUCUCUCCAGAAUCCUGAGGAUAAGAGAAUCUUUCUACGUUCAAUGAAGGCAAUGGGACUGCUUCUUCCGGUAUGUGGCGUCUACGACUUCUCCUGGAUCUCAGAUGCCGCGCAUUCAGGGCCCGCGGAUAGGCCCCUUUUUGUCGAUGUAGGAGGUGGUUCCGGUCAUGCCAUGUCUGUCAUAUGCGACAACUAUGGCAUUCCAUCGAAUCGAUGUGUUCUGCAAGACCUUGACACAGUCAUUGGUGAGAUCGCCGAAUCUCAGGAUUCAAUUGCCUCGCUUGGUGGUACCAAGUUGAUGGCAAUUGACUUUCACAAGGAGCAACCAGUCAAAGGAGCAGUUGUGUACUACAUCCGUUACUGUCUUCACAAUUACAGUGACGACUUGGUGGUGGAGAUCCUGGCUUGUAUCGCAAGCUCCAUGGCACAGGAUAGUCGUGUGUUGAUCGCGGAACAGAUCACGCCAAACCCGCCUUCGGCUCAUACGGCCGCCAUAGAUCUUCUUAUGCUGAGUGUCGGCGGCAAGGAACGAUCGAGAGAGGUGUGGAAAGAUGUCCUCGCCAGGGCCGGGCUGGGAAGAGUCAAGUUCUGGACAUCUCCUAGCAACCCGCAUGGCAUAAUCGAGUGCUUCAAGAGGACUUGA